CCAGUCAAUCAAACGCGUCGACGAACCCAGUCAAUACAACCCGCGCGCGCGGCGACGAGCCCGACCUCCUCCCGCCGCCGCCGCCGCCGCCGUAGCGAGGAGAGGAGAGGAGAGAGAUGGGCGACGAGCGCGUGAAGGCGGAGGCGCUGCAGAUCCUGGGCCGGUUCGAGGCUCUCCCCCGCCUCGUCGUCUUCGACCUCGACCACACCAUCUGGCCCUUAUACUGCGACUGCUGCUCCAUCGGCGACUCGCCGAGGCUCUUCCGCCACGCCAAGGGCAUCAUGUGCGCCCUCAAGGAGAAGGGGAUCGCCAUGGCGGUCGCGUCCCGCUCCUCCACACCGGACAUCGCCAACGACUUCCUUGACAAGCUCGAGCUCCAGCCCAUGUUCGUCACCAAGGAAAUAUUCGAUAGCUGGACUCACAAGACCGAGCAUUUCCAAAGGAUCCAGAGGACGACUGGGAUUCCAUACGAGUCCAUGCUUUUCUUUGACGACGAGCACAGAAAUUUUGCAACGGUAUCAAAAAUGGGAGUGACGAGCAUACUGGUUGAUUGGGAUGGAGGUGUUAAUCUUGAAAUGUUUAAGUUGGGUCUAAAUAACUUUGCUGCUAAGUUUGCUGCCUCGAGCACAGAUAAAGAUGAGCAAACCUCAUUUAACGGCUAGAACUGAUCGACAAACAAGGAAAAUAAAUCAUUUGUGUACUCAUUAAACUUGUAAUGUAAUUUAUUCCCCUUGCUAUAUAUUGGACAACAUGGGGGUAUUCGAGCAAGGAUAACUUUCAGAGGGCAAGAAAUCUUUUUGAAACAUUCAUGCGGAUGUUUGUAUUCGAUCUAACAAGAUCAACUAUCGACUCAGACUAUAUUCAAUAAAAAUACAUUCAUGUUCGAUACAAAAA